AUAAACUGAUAAAGAGUGUACAAAAAAAGACAAUAUAUAUCAAGGUCCUGCGAUGACUUGCCCCUAAAGCGUGGCGAUCCCAACGGUCAUUUCUCCACGCCGAGACUCACAAAAUGAGCGAGACCGAGUCACUCUCCGAGUUACCCCUCAACAAAAACAACACCACCAAGAGCUUUUCUUCCGAGAUCCCUAUCGAGAUCGAAAUCGUGAGCGAAGAAGAAAUGGCUCUACUCGAAGCAGCCUUAGCCUUAGCCUCAGUCCCUGCAAAUGCAAGUGCUAUUUGCUCACCACUUCGUAGUUUCCAUGGCAAAGCGAGGUCUAUUCAGUCAAUUACUGUCCUUUCCAAGAGGACCUUCUCGGGUCAUACCGAACCCGACAUCGAGGAUUCGGGCAAUUUCGCCAGUACCCAGAAGAAGAAUAAAAACAAUGAGUCUUUUCUCCAUCGCUUUCGAAAGAAGAAGGGCUUGUCUGUCACUGAUAUUACUUCCACGGAAUGGUGUGAAAAACAAAUGGAGUUUGUUCUCCUCCAUGCCAAACGCAGAACUAAUAAAGCUAUGAAAACGGGUAGUGCUCGGCAUGCAAAACUUGAAGAAGAGGUAGUGAAAAAAGUGAAAGUUCAAGUCAAAUCUAAAGAAGACAUAUGGGCUCUGAAGUUUUUAAACUUUAUUAUUGGUGCAAAUCAGUUAUUGUUUGAAGGAUUAACUCGUGAGCUGCCAAUAAUAGGCUUUGCAGAAGGUGUAUGGAUGGUGGGAGUGAUCGAUGAGAUCCGGAUACCUGCCACAGAAACUGAUAGAAACCCGAUAUUAGUUGACACAAAGACUCGUGUUCGAGACACUCUUCCUGCGGAACCGCAAAGAAGGAAUGGAAGGCUUCAGUUAAUGUGUUACAAGUAUAUAUGGGACAAUUUAGUUGCUGACAAUUUCCCCUCUCAAAAGUUUUUUGAUUUUUUUACGUUAAGUCCUUAUUCUAUCUUAUCUGAAGAACUCAGGGAAAGAACUGCUGACUCAGGGUUCCCGGCAGACACCCUUGAUGACAUAGUGAGACUCUUCAGAAAUACAUGUAGCAUACUGCCCCCUGCUCAUGACCAGCUUUUAUUGAGAUAUGAAUUCCAAAAAGAUAAUUCAUUGCUUGGCGAAGAUCACUUUGCCUUUGACUCUGAUUGGCUCAAGAAUCAAAUUCAUGGUUGUCUUGAGUUCUGGCUAGGGGAACGAGAAGCCUGUUACACUCCAGAAGAGGAGCGUUGGAAAUGUCGGUUCUGUCAGUUUGCUUCUAUCUGUCCUACAAACAAUGGCCUUGAUAGUACUCCAAGCCCCACAAACACCGGCCCUGAUAGCACACCCCACAAACAUGAACUCGAAUAGUACACUAAGCUAGAAACAAUGCUGACAUUGUUGUAAUCUCUCCCAAUCCGUUUCCUAAAUAACAUGCGGUCUGUCUGCAAAGAAGCAUAGAUUUUUAUGAAAGCUUCUUCGUGGUGUAUUGCAGACCAGUGUUGGAUCUGUCCUCUGGUAUGUGCAAUGAUUAGGCAUCAAAUUGUAUCUGUUGUAGGCAACAAUGAUUCUUUGUUGUAAAAUUGAUUGUUGCAAAACAAAAUUCAUUCUUUUUAAAUAUAUGUAUAUCAACCUUGUUCUUUUUCUCUGA